UGGUUUGUUGCUAAUAUUUGUUGUCUUGCAUCAUAGUCGUUGGCUUGUUUUGUCGGUUUAAUGUCUUCCCCGGUAUUUACAAGAAUCGGCAAAUCACUGCUGCGUGUUCGUCUAUUGAUGCAACGUCGUGUUGUGAUUUCGUCCGUUUCAAUGGAGCAUACCAGUAUCAACUAUCCUGAGAUAUAUAAGGAUGAAUCUACUAUAGAGGAAAAAUUUGAUGUCCAGGUACGAGGAUUGUUUUCCUCAUAUUUUUUUAAUUACCCAUUAAGGUUGUGCCAUUCCAAAACAAUGCUUUUAAUAUGUGUAUAAGACUUAUAUAAACAAAAGGCGUUUUAUGUGUAAUCGAAUUCUGCCCACAUUAAAUCAAUAAGUUUUUGAAUCUCUGUCGACUGAGAUGGUUAGGAUAUGUACUACGCAAACCCAUCCACCAACCACCUCGACGUGCGAUAAUGGCUGGUGCAGGAACAGGUUAGGAGAAAUGUAGGGACGGCCAAACCAAGACAUGGUGUUAACACAUAAAGACACUGACUGUUGAACUGAGUCGUGUAGGUACGUGUAGAUUAUUUGGUUGGGGUCCACGUGAUUAUGGUAACCGAUUGUUAGAGAUGGCGCAGGUACAUUCCCUCUAGAUUCCUCAUAAAUUUUCCCCAUUAUUUCACUAAGUUAUAUUUUAUCGGAUGGUCUCUUGUAUGUGUAGUCUUUUCUAUUACCACUAAUACUGCUAUUACCUCAACAACUAUGGGAUUCAGCCUGGCAAUUUCAUCUCUGCACUCUAACGGGUUAUGGCAACUUAAACCGAUGUAUGCAUAUGCUAGGUUCUAGGCUGCGUUCGACUGAGUGCCUAAACCCUUAGUAAAGAUUCUCGUGAUCGUUUUAUAACCAGAAACUAGUACACAACAUUACUCUGGAGUACUUAACUAGCUUAUUUCAACUUUACAUUUCGUGCCUAAUGCAGUCCAGUAGCGUGAGAUAUCUGGUUUGAAAUUCAGUAAUUAUGAUUAGUUAAUGUAACUUAAUAAGCUGUUCGCAAUAUGCAAGACCUAUUCAAUUUUAAAUAUUUCUAGUAUUAGAGCAAAUAGUUUUGUAAAGUGAUAAGCAACCAUUUUCCGUUGUUUAAGGAAUAAGGAAAAACUCAACCUAUAUUAAUUUGUUGAUAUUAUAGCAAUUAUUUCUCAUGUGAACAGUUUAUCCGAAAUCCAUGGCCGGGUUUCUUCGAAUUCGAUAACUUAGUGUCGGAAAAUUGAAUUUUUUCAAAUACAGUUAGUAAUAAUCUUCAUUCUUAAGUUCGUGCAUGCCCAGAAAUUCGCAAGGCUCGUUUUGUGAAUUAAAUACACAAUAAGGAAGUACAAUAAUAGUAAUCUUUAGCACUCUACUUAAAGUAGAGGACUAGUCUAUUAACAAUUCAUGUCUUGACGUUAAAUUAUAUACUUAAUUGUGAUUUUGUAUGUUAUAUGUUCACUUUGUAUCGUGGAAAUUACCAUUGAGAAGUAGACCAUUCUCUACUUACAAUUUGGCUGGACCUACCUAAUUUGUUUACAAAGUAACGUUUUCCUUCCUGGCUAGAUUCAUGAUCCUUACAGAUGGCUGGAAGACCCGGAUUCUGCCCAGACAAAAGCUUUUGUAAAGGCACAAAAUCUGAUAACGGAGCAGUUCUUGCGUAAAUGUCCAUACACUUCGAAAAUCAGAGAUAGAUUAACUGCUAUCUGGGACUACGAAAAAUACUCUUGUCCAUUGAAAUACGGCUCCUUUUACUACAUAUGGCAUAAUAGUGGUUUACAAAAUCAAAGGUACUUUUUUAUUUGAAGAGGGAUUUGUCAGUGUUCUUUAUCAAAUGAAAACGUUGUCAGGACCCACAAAAACGUUUUUAGAUCCUAACGAAAUUGAUCCAGAAGGCCUUACAUCUUUGAGAAACUACAGUUUUUCGGUGGAAGGAACUUAUUGUUGUUAUGGUCUUAGUUUUGGUGGUUCUGAUUGGUCUGAACUUAAAUUUAAAACCUGCGAAUCGGGCAAAGAUCUGCCAGAUGUUUUGAAACAUGUCAAGUUCAGUUCAAUUUCGUGGACGAAGGAUGAGAAAGGUGUUUUUUACUGUAUGUACCCUCAGCACGAAGGUAAAGCGGAUGGUACUGAAACAACUACUAAUACUGAUCAGAAGCUCAUGUACCAUCGUCUGGGUACACCACAGUCAGAUGAUAUCUUGUUCCUGGAACGACCGGAUCACCCUACUUGGAAUAUUCAAGGAGAAGUGUCUGAUUGCGGGAGAUACUUACUGGUAACUUUGUAUGAUGGAUGUGAACCCAAUAACCAGCUUUUCUACUGCGAUCUUGAAAAAUUCGAUCUAAUUAUCAAAAAAAAAAUUGAGUUGAUUCCAAUCGUCGAUCGCUUUGAAGCUGUCUAUGAAUAUGUGACAAAUGAAGGUGAUUCAUUUGUAUUUCGCACCAACUUAGAUGCUCCGAUGUACAAGAUAAUCAAAAUCAAUCUUUCUAAUUGUGAUCGUCAACAUUGGGAAGAUCUUAUCGAUCACAAUGUGGAAUCACUCUUAGAAAGUGCAGUUUGUGUGAACGAGGAUAAAUUGAUCAUUUGUCAUCUAAAGAAUGUUAAGAGCUGCUUAUCCGUACACAAACUACUCACUGGGGAGAAGAUAUCGGAUAUUGAUAUUUCACUUGGAUGCGUCGCUAAUGUAACUGGACGCAAACGUGAUGAUGAAGCUUUCAUCCAUUUUACAUCGUUUCUCACUCCUGGAAUAAUUUACUCCUACAAUUUUUCCCACUCUCAUCCAAAGUUAGAGGUUAUCAGAGAGUCAAAGAUUCGGGAUGUAGACUUAGAUCAAUUUGAAGUGAAACAAGUAUUCUAUGAAAGUAAAGAUAAAACUGUAGUUCCCAUGUUUCUUGUUCUACCUAAAAAUUUCCAACAAAACAACUCGGCGCCGUGUCAACUUUACGGCUAUGGUGGAUUUAACAUAUCUGUUACUCCAUCGUUUUCGGUUGGACGAUUGUUUUUCUUGAUGCAUUUUGGUGGUAUAAUUGCAGUAGCCAACAUUCGUGGUGGAGGAGAAUAUGGAAAAUCUUGGCACGACGCCGGUCGGCUGCAAAACAAACAAAACUCUUUCGAUGAUUUCCAAGCAGCAGCCGAAUACCUUCUUAAUCAUGGAUAUACUAACAACCAAAAACUGUACAUUCAAGGAGGUAGUAAUGGUGGACUUCUAGUUUGUGCCUGUUGCAAUCAACGACCUGAUUUAUUUAAAGCUGCUAUUGCUCAAGUCCCAGUGUGCGACCUUAUUAGAUUCCACAAAUUUACGAUUGGACACGCCUGGAAAAGUGACUAUGGAGAUCCUGAUAAUAAAAAGGAUUUUUCAAACUUGAUGCGCAUUUCCCCACUCCAUAAUGUCAAGAUUCCAUCUAAUCCAGAUGUUCAAUAUCCAGCUUUAUUGAUUUUAACUGCAGAUCAUGAUGAUCGUGUUGUUCCGUUACAUUCAUUCAAGUUUAUUGCUACUUUACAAGAAAAAUUAUGUCGCAACUGUCGCCAAACAAACCCUAUUCUGAUUCGAAUUGAGCCAAAGGCUGGACAUGGACAAGGCAAACCAACAUCAAAAUCAAUUAACGAGGUAGUAGAUAUAUACUCCUUUUUACAAACUGCAAUGUCACUCACAUGGAAAGAAUAAUAUGGAUUGUUAUCGCAAUUACUAGUCUUUGAAUUUUUGGUACCUAAUAAUCUCGUCGCUGUUGUCAACAUCUAUAGAUUAAUUUUACUAACUGCCCCCGAUUUGAUUUGUAUGAAGAUCGUCUGUGGUGCUUUGUUUAUUUAUUAACAUUCUUGGCUUUCAUAUAUAUAUUUCGUGUAACUAAACCAAACUUAUACAUUUGUUAUGACGUAUUAAAAAAUAUUUAAUGAUAUUACUAAUCGGUUGAUUCACUGUUCAUCUUUACGGUUUGAUAGUUUGGUAGAUUUCAACGGUGGCUUGUAGUUUUUUCUUUGUAAAACGAUAUGUAAUAAUAAAUAAUACGAAACGUAACCGAUAGUAAAUAACAAACCGACAUUGUUUCCCUCAUCACUAAAACAGACACUUAUCCAGUUAGGAUUGAAAGGCUUUAUAGACAAUGCUACACUAUUUGCUAUAUGUGCUUUGUUAGAUUUCAUGCUCACGUUUCACCUAAAGGUAACUGUUAUGAUAAACCAAAUGCCAAAUUUAUUUUUAAAAAUAAUGAGCUCAGUAAAAUCCAGGUAUGUUGUGGAUCCAAUUAUUAGCCGAACAGCACAUAAACGACUGUUA